GUCACUUCAUCGUCAGUUCUAAGUGCUUUCAAGUUUCUAAUUUUUUUUUCAUUGGUUUUAUCAUUUGUCUCUUUAAAAAAAGUCAAGUGCAGAAAUUGAACUAUAGCACAUGAACUUAAUGCUUGCCUGGACGCGUUUUUGUCAUUAUACAACCACCCGCAAUAAUUAAAAUAUUUAUCUGCCUUGUCGAUGAAUGCGCGGUUGUCAGAUUGGUGCUCCUGUUACUUCCAAGUAGAUUGUACGUAUGGAAAGAAUACGAUAGGGAAAUGCAAAAAAUAUGGAAAGCCAGCACGACAUUGAACGAUGAUGGCAGCGAACAACUUGAACUUACUUAUUUAAGUGCCCAUGGGGAGGAGUCUUUUCCUGGCAAUCUGCUUGUUAAGGCAACAUACAAACUGGACUGUAAAGAUGACCAACUGACCCUAACCAUGAAUGCUACAACAGACGCGACGACCAUCGUCAACCUGACUAAUCAUGCAUACUUCAAUCUUGCUGGCCAUCAAUCAGCCAGCAUAAACGAGCACAAGUUGCAAAUGUUUGCCUCCCACUACCUACCCAAAACUUCUUCAGCCGUCCCCGACGGGACAGUGGCCCCUGUGGCUCUCACAGCCCUGGACUUUUCCUCACCGAAGUAUUUGAAGGGAGCAAUCGGGAUGGUUGUUGAGGCUGGUGUGCACGGAAUCGACCACAACUUCUGCUUGAAGAUGGCGGCUGGUGCUGAUAAUGAUGGUAAAGGUGGUGCUGAUAAUGAUGGUAAAGGCGGUGCUGAUAGUGAUGAAAUUCGUCACGCUGCUCGUUUGGAAGAUGAGAUAAGUGGAAGGGCUCUGGACAUCCACACCAACCAGCCAGGUAUGCAGAUAUACACAGGCAACUAUCUUGAUGGACUGAGUGGAAAAGAAGGAGUCAAGUAUCGCCAGCAUUCUUGCAUUGCAUUGGAGCCACAACUCUGGCCCGACGCCGUUCACCACGCAAACUUUCCAAGCAUGCUGCUGAGAGCUGGCGAGAUGUACAAGCAUAUCACCAUCUACAAAUUUUCCACUAAAUAACUUUUUUUUUAUAUCUUUCAUUCACUCACUCGUUCAUUCAUUCGUUCGUUCAUUCAUUCAUUCGUUUAUUCAUUCGUUUAUUCAUUCGUUUAUUCAUUCAUUCAUUCAUUCAUUCAUUCAUCUUAAUCCCAUUUUCAAACAUUGAAUGCAGGUUAUUAUUAAUUACAAUAAUAAUCAUGUUUUUUUUUUUAUUAUUAUUAUUAUUGUUAUUAUUAUUUCAUCUCCAAAUGUUAUAACAUUAAUGACAUAAACUCCAAAACCCAUGUAACAGAUUGUUCGAAGAAUAUAUCUGUAAAUAUAUUAUGCAUACUUACAAACAUACAUACUAUACAUACAUACUUACAUACCUAUAUAUAUACAUACAUACAUACCUACAUACAAACAAACAAACAAACAAACAAACAAACAUGCAUACAUACAUACAUACAUACAUACAUACAUACAUACAUACAUACAUACAUGCAUACCUACAUACAAACAAACAAACAUACAUACAUACACACACACAUACAUACAUACACAUACAUACAUGUUAUUUUUCUUAUAAUAUUGUGUCCCCUGCCAAAUGUUUUGAAGUGAAUUUAAAUAAAAUAACUAAUAAAUAAAAGAAUUAAUAAAUAAAUAAAAGAAUAUUAUAAGAUUUUAAUGUUAUGAUUGUCACUCAGCUAAAAGUUUACUGAUAUGUUUGAUAUUGAUCACAAUGGAAUAAAGUUCUGGUAGCAAUG